AUGGCGCUUCCUGAUUGGACCGGAACGCUGGUCGCCACCGCAUCCUUUUGCUGUUUCUUAUAUGUAUGUGUUCGCUACAGACGCAAAGGACAAGUCGUCUGGAGAAAAUUGUUGAGCACAAUAAUGGCCCGGACGGAGAAGCCGCUGUUCCGAAUUGCGUACACACUCUACACUAAGACCAGACUGGGCUACAUGUACUACAAGAGACAAAUGAGGAAAGCCAGAGAGCAUUACCCUGCUGGACACUCCACAGCCCUGCCCGUGGAGAUGAAUGGUAUCAAAAUACUUCCUAUCCCGAUACUGUCAGACAACUACAGCUAUCUGGUAAUCGACACAGCCUCCAGUGUUGCAGUUGUUAUAGACCCUGCGGACCCUCAAACAGUUCAGGCAGUUCUUAAGGAAGAGGGAGUGACUUUGGAAGCAAUACUCUGUACACACAAGCAUUGGGAUCACAGUGGGGGAAACAAAGGGUUGAAAAGGAUUCACAGCUCGUGCAGAGUGUAUGGAAACGCAGCUGAUAACAUUCCUGCCCUCACGCACCCCCUGUCACACAAGGACUCGGUGACAGUUGGCCGUAUGCACUUUAAGGCCCUCUUCACUCCCGGACACACAGUGGGCCACAUGAUCUACCUCCUGGAUGGCCAGGUGGUGGAUGCACCCUCCAGCCUCUUUUCUGGUGACCUGGUGUUCCUCUCAGGAUGUGGGAGGAUGUUUGAAGGCAGUGCCACAACAAUGCUGUCGUCUCUGGACACCGUGGCCUCCCUGAGUGAUGAAACUCUACUAUGGCCUGGUCACGAGUAUGCGGAGGACAACCUACUGUUUGCGGCUGAAGUUGAGCCUCGCAAUGCUGCCAGAGAAAACAAAUCUCAGUGGGUGCUGCAGCAGCGGGGCCAGAAGCUGUGCACGAGUCCCUCCACUAUCGGAGAGGAGAGGCAGUACAACCCUUUCCUGCGCAGCCACUCUGCGGAGCUCCAUCUGGCCCUGGGCGUCCAGCAGUUCCAGGAUGAAGACUGGACCCAGUUCAGAGCUCGGGUGCUGGAGGCGCUGCGUAAACGCAAGGACCUCUUCAACAGGAGAUAGUAUUUUAAUAAAAUGACCAGCUUAAUAAUGGCCAACAGAGGAAGGAAGCUCACCGGUUCUGGAAAGUGGUACGUUGUAAAGUAACAAUGAGCGGAGCUACGAGGUACUGAAUGAAAGUGUGUUCAAGGAAACCAGUUUUGUCAAUUCAAAAGGGCAUUAAGUCAUUUUUGACCUUUAUCAACGUGUAUCGGAGACCACUAGGAACGAAGUCACAACUUCAUGUUUACAUGAUACUAAUCAAUACGCCUAUUACUUCUACACAUGUAUAAUGAGUUUAUUUUGUGUUUAUAGACAGAACUGAAUCAUUCCUCUUUAACAUAGACACAUUAACAAAUGUAGAUUUGCAUGAGUAGCUUUUUCUUUUAUUGUCAUUUUAAAGCAGAUUUCUGAUUGUGGUGAGUGAGACAGAAGAACAGCAGGUCUGCACACUACACAGGUUACUGUAACAUGUAAGGUACUCAAUGCAUUGCUUUAAAAUAAAAGCAGACUGCAUAAACGGUUUUAAUAACCUUACAUGAAAAUCUUUGAUAAGCUGGUUUCACAUUUACAGUGUUGCUGAAGAGUGAUUAUGUUCUCUGUGGAAGUUGUGAUUUUUGGACUUGAGUAUUUAAUUGUGAAUAUUUUAUUUUGUUGUAUUUUCAACAGUGAUGGUACAAAUCACAGACACUCGUUGCUGUCGGUACUCGCACAAUGUACACUAGCCUGUCAUGUGAACCUUUGCUGAAUCUGGAUUUGACAGGUAGCGCAUUGUAAUGUAUGAAAUAAGACUGAAUUACUGUUGAAGAGAUGAUUUCUUGUGUUAGCCCGUAAUAGAGAUAAUUAAACAUACAGGGUGAUGUUGAAUCAAGCAAUCUGUCGGCAAACACUAUGAUUUGCAAUCACUUUUGUUUCAAAUGUGUAAUAUUUAAGAGUAAGAUGGUGAUGGAAAGAUCUUUAAUUGUCUUUCUAAUAUGAGAAUACAAUGUGACAAAGACUGUGGUACUCGGAAGGAAUGCUUUAUAGCCAAUUUGAAAACUUUGGAAAAUUGUACAUAUAUUUUAUUUUUAAUAUAUUGAAGGAUUUAUUAUACUGUGACGAUACAAUGGAUGCAAAUUAUUUCAGUAUAAUAAACAAUCUUCUUCCCACACACACACUUUAUUAUUUAUGUUGUUGUUUUGUAAUGGAGAUGUGAUGCCGCCUGUGUUUAGGUGGAGAUGGGGCAGAAUGCAAAGCAAUAAACCUUUAAACUUGUAA